GGAAUGUCGUUGAAGCGACAUGAAUUCUCGACCACUGCGUUCGUCUUCAAUGAUCUGAGAGCAUAUGGAUUCGCCAUAUUCGAUUUCCUCACCAGACCAGAGAAUAAAGCGAAAGCUGAUGAAACCUACAGAUGGCUUCAAGUACAUAUUGUUUUACUGUUUUAUGCCAUCGGAUACUUUUAUUGUCACCAACCAUUUUACAUACUAACUCAUGAUAAUGAUCCAUUUUCAAUUUCGGGUUUCGCUGAUCAAUUAUCAGUUGAUUUUGGUGUAAUGUUCUGA